AUGCCCGCCGAUUCGCCCGCCGACAUGGCUCAAUCCCAGUCCAGCUCGCAUCACCACUCUUCCGGCUUCCACCCCUUUCGCUCCAUCAAGCACCAUCUCGAGGGCCACGACCACGACGGCGACCACGACCACGACCGCAAUGGCCACGACAAGGCAUCGGAUGUGCCCCAGUCUGGCGAGGCACAACAGGCCACGCAGCAGGUCGCAUCCGACAUCGACGCCCCCACCGAGAGCCAGCGACAGAGCAUCGCCGCAGACGAAGCCCGCAUGAACCCGCACAAGGACAGGGGCGGCCAGGCAGCAGAGGUCUUUCAGGGCCGCUCAGCCGAUUGGAGGACCGUACAGGACCCCAUCACCCGAGCACCCCUUCGCCAGAGGGACGUCACCGAACAAGACUACCGCCGCGGCCUCGACCAGUCCGACAGCGUCCAGGACGGCAUUCGAGUUCCCCAGCCCGGCGCAACCAGCCAGAGCCACAACCGCGAUGACGACAAAGCCACGCCAAAGGACCCCUCAGAGAUCCCAGAGCAUCCCGCCGGCGCACCCUCGGUCCAGAAGGGUGGCUCCGCCCUCAUCUACCAGCUGCCCACCACUGCGCCCUCCGAGGGCAUUGUCUCGAGGGUCUUCCGCUCCAUGGCCCGCACAGAGGCCGUCCUGUUUGCCGGCUGGUCGGUCCUGUCGCUCGCCACCAACCCGCGCAUCUCGACCGCCCUGACCCUCGCAGCCGGCGGCGUCUUUGGCGGCUGGAUACAGCACCUCGUCUACCGCCGCGUCAUCGACGGGCUGCGCGACAACGAGCUCGAGCGCGAACGCCGACGCGGACAGGCCGUCGACGCUGCCAAGGUCCCCGAGAGCGCAGAGUGGCUCAACAGCUUCCUAAAGGUCCUCUGGCCCCAGAUCAACAGCGAGAUGUUUGACGGCAUCGCAGACACGCUCGAGGACGUGCUCCAGGCCAGCCUGCCCGCCUUUGUCAACUCGGUCAAGGUGUCGGAAAUCACCCAGGGCACCACAUCGCUCCGCAUCCUCGCCGUCCGCCGCCUGCCCGACGGCCGCAAGGUGGACAAGUCCUCGCCCAAGCAGAAGCACAAGAUGGACGGCGAGAAGCACGCCAGCGAGGCCGCCCAGCAGCUCGGACUGGUCGACGAGUCAAAGCGCGAGAUCGAAGAGGCCAUCAAGGCCAACGAGAGGAAGCCCGGCGAGCCGCUGGCCCUCGACGAGGAAGAAGACGACGGCGCAGAGUACAUCAACCUCGAGAUCGCCUUCGCCUACCGCCCUCCCGCCCACACCGGCGGCGACCCGUACAAGGUGCCGAUCCACAAGCGCACCAGCGCUCACAUGCUCCUCUCGUUCUUCGUCAAAACGGGCGUCGUCAACGCCCCCAUCCCCGUCAAUGUCAGCCUGCGCGGCCUGGUCGGCACGCUGCGCAUCCGCAUCCAGCUGACCUCGCAGGCGCCCUUCCUCGGCAAGAGCACGCUGUCCUUCGUCGGCCUGCCCCGCGUCGAGAUCGAUGCGGCGCCGCUCCGCGCCGUCUCGAUCAUGGACGUACCCGUCAUCUCCAAGUUUGUCCAGAACGCCAUCGACGCGGCCAUGGCCACCUACACGGCGCCCGGCAGCCUCGAUCUUGAUCUUUCGCAGCUCAUCAGCGGCGACGACAUCAAGCGCGAGAUUGCGGCGCUCGGCGCCAUCGUCAUCUUUAUCGAGUCGGCCGAGGCCGUCGAGCGCAGCGACGCUCUGUUUGGCAGCAGCGACCCCUACGUCACCGUCUCGUUUUCGCGCUACGGCAAGGUCCUCUACUGCACCCGCGUCGUGCUCGACGACCUCAACCCGAGGUGGCACGAGUACACCGCCAUCCUGCUCCACCCGGAGGUGGUCAAGGCUGGAGAGAGGGUGGCGCUCGAGCUGCGCGACAGCGACCGCACCUCGAGCGACGACCUGCUGGGACGCGCCGAGGUGUCGCUCACCGAACUGCUGCAGAACCCGGGGGAGCUCAUCGAGCGCACCGACGAGCUCAAGGGCGACACGCCCGGAUCCAAGCGCGGCGGGCGUAUCACUUGGCGGGCGGGCUACUACCCCAAGGCCCCGGUCAACACCAAGCUAUCCCGCUUCGAGCAGAUCCUCGAUGUCGGCAACGAUGGCGCCGCGGCGAAGGACGACGGCAGAGACAGCAAGGGCACCCAGGCGACGCCGAAGCCGAUCGAGGAGGAGCUGCUGCACCGCGCGGAAAAGGCGGGCAAGGUGCCGGUCGAGUACACGCCGCCAGACCCCUCGCUACCGAGCGGCAUCCUCUCGGUGACGGUGCACCAGAUUGCGGCGCUCGAUGUCCCACAGCGGUCGGAGAGCAAGGUGCGGCGCCGCAAGCUGUUCGAGCCGGGCCAGGAGGUGCACGACGAGAUCGGCGAUGCCUCGCCCGAGGCGCCAUCGUCGUACGUCGAGGUGCUCAUCUGCGAUGCCCUCGUCUACCGCACCCGGACCAAGAUGCAGUCGCGCGCGCCCAUCUUCCAGGCGGGCACCGAGAGGUUCGUCCGCGACUGGCAGACCAGCACGGUCGUUUUUGCGGUGCGCGAGGCGCGCAUCAACGAGGCCGACCCGAUCAUUGGCGUCGUCGCGCUCCGACUCGAGGCGCUCUUCCGCGACAAGUCGCAGUCGACGGACUGGUACCCCAUCUCUGGCGGCAUCGGCUCCGGCCGUAUCCGCCUCUCGGUCCUCUUCCGCUCGGUCGACUGCAGGCUCGAGAGGCCGUUGCGCGGUUUCGACAUCGGCACGGUGCAGGUGCACGACGCCGUCACUCUGCAUUCUGUCGACGCUCAGACCCGCAGCGACCUCGGCGGCUGCUACCUCAAGCUGCGCACCAUCGCCGGCAAGGCGUCGAUCUCGUCGACUGCUUCGUCGAAGCACUCUGGCGGUACCGGCGACGAUGCCGUGGUCUGGACGCUGUCGGACAAGAAGAAUCCGCUCCGACUGCCGGUGCACCGCCGACACGCAUCUGCGCUGCUGGUCGAGUGGCGAGCCAAGAACCAGCUGCGCAAGACGACGGUCUGGGCGGUCGCUGCAGUCUGGCUGACAGAGAUCGCGGACUCGAUCGUGGGCGGCAGCGGCAGCGGCAGCGGCAGCGACACGGGCGGAAACAAGGUCGCGACCAUCCAGGUCCCCGUCUGGGACGGCAAGGACGCCAAGGUGCUUUCGAGGCUGAAGCAGAACUUCCAGAGCUUCCACGACGCAUCGCAGGGCGAGGCGCUGGGCGGCAAGCGGGUGGCGACGCUCGAGCUCAAGCUCGGCUUCCGCGCGGGCAUCGACCGCACGCACACCAAGUUUGCCGCGCCCCGUCCCGACACGCGCGCUGCGAUGGAGGCGUGGCGAGCCAGUGCGGCGUCUUCGGGCACCGAGGCCAUGGCCCAGGCCGAGAUCGAGGAGCAGUACGGUGGCGGUGGCGGCGGCGACACGAGCAGCGAUAGCAGCGAUAGCAGCGAUAGCAGUAGCGACAACGACGACGAAGACGAGAGCGGGGACGAGGUGGGAGGGUCGGGAAGGCGUGGCAUGCUCAGGCGGAUGAACAGGGACCGGAAGGAGAAGGAGGAGUGGACCCAGAUCCAGGACGGCUCGGGCGCAAGGGAGCUCAAGCCGGUGAGGAUGGUGGACCAGCUCAAGGAAAAGGCCAUGGACACGGUGGAAAAGGUCAAGAGCGAGUUGGAUACGUCCAAAAACAAGCUGGGCGGUCAGGUCGAGACUGAGGUCUGA